CCAUGUCAUCCUUGAUUAAGAAGUCUAUUAUACCACUUCUAGCGAUUUCUAGCGCUUAUCUGUACUUAAAACCUACAAAUCCAGCAUUAUUAGAGUCGGAUGUCUUAUUGGAUGGAUAUAAAGUGCUCUCACAACAACGCAUAGUCGCUAUUGGCGAUUUACAUGGUGACUAUCAGCGUACACUUGAUGCGCUUAGAGUUACUCAGCUUAUUGACGAGAAUGAUAACUGGAUUGGCAAUAAAACCGUGCUUGUUCAAACAGGAGAUAUCACAGACAGAGGUGCAGAUAUGGUUCCCAUAUACCAGUUUCUCGAGAAACUCCGCGUUCAGGCUGCUGAAGUGGGUGGAAGCCUUCAUACUAUAUUAGGAAAUCACGAUAUCAUGCAACCUAUGCGUGAUUGGCGUUACGUUCACCCUACAGAAAUGACAUAUUUCAAUGGGGACCUCACUCAAAGAGAGCAAGCAUUCAGUAAAGAUGGUUGGAUAGGGAAACUCUGGCUUAAAGACUAUCUAACAACAGUAAAUAUUCCUCACUACAGUGAAAAUGAUGGACAAAAGUACAAUUUACCAGCUAAUCUAUCCACACAGUUCGUUCAUGCUGGUUUACACCCCUCAUUUGCAUACAAGGAACUCAAUGAUGAUGGAAAGAGAUGGCUUGAGAAGCUCACCAACGGUGAUAGGAACUGGUCAGACGUUGAGAAGUCACUCUGGUCACCUAAUGGACCAUAUUGGUUUAGAGGUGCUGCAUUAGAUAAUGAGACCAAAGCUUGUGCUAUGGCCAAAGAAGUUAUGCAAACAAUUGGUGCAAAACGUAUAGUACAAGGACAUACACCAAAUUUUGAUAAUAUUGUAUCAAGGUGUAAUGGUGGUAUUAUUUUGAUAGAUACAGGUAUGAGCAAAGCCUAUGGUGGUAUAGUAUCAGCAUUAGAGAUAAAUGGAUACAUACUGAGUAAGGAUGACAAGCAUUAUUUCAGAGAAAUCGUAAAAGCAUUAUAUCAAAAUAGAUCUGUCACUUUAGUAGAUGAGACAAAUUCCUUGUAAAAAUGUAUCAACUUGAAAGAGC